AUGGGAGCGUUGGAGCCGCACGUCCUGCAGGAGGCUCUGGCUUUACAGGACGCAUUGAUUGCAGACCCAGCCAAUCUUGACGCCGAGGAUGAGGAAGAUGGCCUGUCGCCGUUGCUCCAUGCAAAACCUCGCGCCAAUUCAAAUGCAUCAAUUCGUUCCCGUGGCCAAUCGCUAGCUUCCCGUCGUUCAAACGAUUUUGAUUCUCGAGACUGGUUUUUCCAUUCGCCACUGCUGUACUGGAACUGCUCAUCAGCUGAGAUUGCUGCCGAUCCGGACAUUCUGCGCACAAUCAAUUCGCGUGCCAAUUUUACUUCUGCCAACGAUUUCACCCUACGGCAUUCUACCGUGUUUGCAGGAAAGUCGUUUAAAGGAGACCGGCUCGUGGCCGCAGACGCGCUCGUGAUUUCUCUAUUGUCGAAAAUCAAGUCCAGCGUUACCGAGGAUUGGAUUGGCCGCGCACAGAGGCUCGUAAAUGCUGCUCCAGGCCGAUGGUCGCUGUACUCCAGUGAUCCGCUUGUUGCUCGCCCUUGGCUAUAUGAGUUCCGCUUCCAACCGAUGAGCUUGCAUGACGACUUUUUGCUUGCCUUGGCGUACCUCUUCAUGGCUGCUUACGUGGGGGUCAGUCUCAGUAAGAUGCGAGCGGUGAAGAGUCGGUUCGGUCUCGUAGUCACGGUCAUUGUACAGAUUGCUACGUCCAUCAUGGCUAGUUUUACUAUUUGCACCAUGUGCAGAAUCAACUUGACGGGCAUUCCGCAUGAGGCAUAUCCAUUCGUGGUUCUAGCAAUUGGUCUAGAGAAUAUGUUCCGAGUCAUCAACGCUGUCCUUGCCAUUCCGGGUGAGAUGCCUACGACAACGCGUCUAGCAACCGCUCUCGGUGAUAUUGGGCACUUGUCUCUGGCUUCGGCUGGUCAGAAUCUGUUGAUUCUCGGCAUCCUGUCCAAAGUUGUAUCUCCUGGCGUUGCAGCCUUUUGCGCUUUCGCAGCCGUGGCGCUGGUUUUCGACUUCAUUUUCCAUCUGACGUUCUUCGUCGCCGUACUGAGCGUUGACGUACGGAGAAUGGAGCUACAAGAGUCCCUGGAGCGAGUAAAUGUCGAGAAGACUGAUGCCGCAAAGUCCGAUGCCAAGCGACAAACGUGGAACGAAGCUCUGUACAAGGGCGAAUUGCCGUUUAGUACGCGAAUCGCCGGCUCAGCAAUCUUGAUCGCCUUUGUCGUCGCGCUCAAUGGUCACUUUUUCGAGAACGAGACCCCGGUCCAAGUCACGACGCGAUUAUAUCGGUUGCUCAAAUCUUCUGGUACAGAGAGGACAGAUCCCACUCCAGCCAGCCUGGAGCCGGUCAAUCAAGCUCGAACGCCCACGGCUUGGAUGCGGCUCCAAGACCACGAUACGGCAAAGGAGCUGAUUGAUAUCGUCAAGCCACAUGCCCAUCGGAUCAUUGCUCGUGUCCAUGAUCCACUGGUUUUUGUCCUUUCGGGAGCAGAUCGAAAAGGUGGUCACACUGUCACGCCCCGCUUUUCGGAAUUAUUCCACAGGCUACUAGAAGAGCACCUCCUUUCUUUCGUCUUGGCUUUGAUUAUAACUCUUGCCGCUGUUUCCCUUCUUAUGAAUUAUCUUCUCUGGAAUGAAAUCCAGGACGGACCCUCAGACACAGAAGAGCGGCUAUUACGUGUCAAAACCUUACCCGCCGCUCAUGAUCUCGACGUGGCGCAGGUCGUCGCUUCGAGCCGUGGUGUCUUGGUAUCGAUCGCGCUCGACCGGUCAGUAUGCGUCUGGUCACCAAAGAGUGGAUCAGAUGUUUUUGAGAAUCGCAUUCUCCGCGCUGAUGCUGUUGGUCGACCACUGUGGCCUGUCUCUGCGUGUGCGAUUGAUGACGCGGCGCAGCUGGUGGCCAUUUGCUCGGCUUCUGGUCAUAUCUAUGUGUGGAGCGUGGCCGAACAUCACUUUACAAAGUCAUUGACUAUCGAUUUAGCAGAACAGCAACCGUGUGCAUUCUUUUUCGCCCGGAUUCGCACAGGAGAUUCGCUGGGUCUUCGUCUUAUCCUGAUCCGCCCAGAUGGGUGCAUGAUUGAGUCAGAUAUGGAAACUGAUGAAGUCGACCAGCUGCAGAUAUGCCGUAACCCGCUUGUGUGCGCGCGAGUUAUUGACAAUCCCAAGGCUCAAAUUAACAUUAUUACUGUUUCCCGGAGCGGCUGUAUGCACAUUGUCUCUCGCGACUUCAACCACUGGGUCUCAGAAGGCUUGGAACUGUCCAAACCACGUCAACUCCCAAGCGGCAAGAUCAUCAAAGUCAAGUCUGUUGUGCCCGUACCAGCCCUGGGCAUGGUGCUCGCCGUCAAGCUUUGCGAGAUCGACGUCAUUGACCUUCACUAUCGCACCGUCAUCCGAAGCUUGCAAACUGGCCAAGUCAAAGGACAAUCUCUGCGUGUCAUUCAUUCCCCAAGACGGCCGUGUCUUGCUUGCGGCGCCUCAAGUAUUGGGUCAUUCUCCAUUGUGUACACCGAAGCUGAAACGCACGAUUGCAUGAUGCACACCUUCACCUCUGGCCGGCCAGGAGUUCCUUUAUGUCUGACAUCCCGUUCCACCGGCCGGGGCCCAAGUUGCUGUGGUAUCGAGUACGCAGAAGAAUCCCUGCACUGGGUCGAAAACUCUAGUGCAUGGGAAGCCACAGGAGUCAAUAACGUGGUUGGCAUCCGCCAGGUCCCUGAAAUUGAUGAUUCUGGCUCUUCAUCUUCCUCCGACAGCGGGUCCUCUUCUUGUGAUCUCAGCGACUGCACGGGCAUUGGAGCAGGCAUCCUCCGUAAACGCAAAACAACCAUGACCAAAACCUCUGGCUCUUCUACCCCCACACAUCUCUCCUCUUCUACCUCUCAUCAUCGCCAUCCCCACCAUCCCCACUCUUCUCCAUCCACACCUCGUCCCCAGCGCCGCCGCCGGUCUAGCCCCUUCGGCGGUACUACCGCUUCCACCGCCUCUUCUUCCUCUUCUGACGAAAGUGGUUGGGAGGCCUGGAUGCUCUCUGCUUCUGGCGAAGUUCGCACUUCUCCCCUCAUCCUCGACAAUGACGUCCCCGGCGCAACGGCGAGUCUGAGUUCUUCCAAUCGUCCAUUUUAUUCCUCUCUCCAUCUUCUCGUCAGUAAAGCAGGCCCGAUUACCCAGCUCGGCAAACGGUCCGUUGUCGUCGGCUUCGGAAACGUACUCAAACUCCUCAUGGUAGGUAACGAGCGGUUUACCGAGGCAAAUGAUCCGUAUGACGAUAUAGCGUUUGCUUCUGUCGGGUAUAGACGCAGACUCGUCGGCAGGAAAGCAUUAUAA